UAAGCGGCAAUGCUUGUCUCUUACAAAUGGCGGCUUAGGGUGAAGCACGCUGCUCUUAUAAUCGGGAGAUAUUUCACUGACGGUUUUUGUAUAUAUAAAAAAAGAAAUCGAAAUCACGAAGAUUCUUACGCAUAAAAUUGAAGAAAAUGGGAAACGUUCUAGCAGCCUCUGUACCUCCUCCACCUUCGCCGCCGCCUCCAACCACAGGUUUAAUGCCAAAUUUAGAAAAGCCAGAUUCUCCUGAGGGAUUGCACUCGACAUCCCAUUCUGAUGGUUUGCAAAAUCCAGGCACAAUCGAGGAUCUUCACAAGAAAUGCAAAGAUGUAUUUCCUGCAAACUUUGAGGGUGCAAAGGUGAUGUUCAACAAGGGUCUUAGUAAUCACUUUCAAAUUUCACAUACAAUAAGUAUGAGUUCCAUCACUCCAUCUGGAUAUAGGUUUGGAGCAACGUAUGUUGGCACAACACAACCAGCUCCUACAGAAGCAUAUCCAGUGUUGUUGGGUGAUAUUGAUCCAAGUGGAAAUCUUAAUGCCAACAUCAUUCAUCUGUUUGGUCAAAGAUUGAGGGGAAAAUUAGCUACUCAAGUACAGAAAAAUAAAUUCACUGCCGUUCAAAUGACAACAGAUUAUCGUGGGGAUGCAUAUACAGUCUCCUUAACUUUGGGUAAUCCGGAUGUUCUCAGCGGUUCUGGCGUUUUUGUGAUGCAUUAUCUUCAAAGCAUAACUCCAUCUGUUGCUCUCGGAGGAGAACUCGCUUAUCAACGAGGUCCCACUUUGCCAGGAGGUCAAGUCGCUGUUCUCUCAGCCGCUGGGAGGUAUACAAACGGAGACUCCACGAUUAGUGGUAGCUUAGAUCAUUUUCCAACAGGCUUAUCUGGCUGCCACUUAUGUUUUCAUCAAAAAGCUAGUCAACAAUUACAAGUUGGUGUAGAAUUGGAGAUCAACUGCAGAAUACAGGAAUCGACCGGGGCUAUCGCUUAUCAGAUCGAUCUACCGAAAGCUGAUUUAAUAUUUAGAGGAACCGUAGAUACGAAUUGGACGGUGGGCGCUGUCUUGGAAAAGAAAUUGCAACCAUUACCAUUUACGUUCGCGUUAAGUGGUAUGAUGAAUCAUAGUAAACAGCAGUUCAGACUGGGUUGUGGAUUGAUAAUUGGUUAAGGGUAACGAAUAGUCGAGUACGGGUCGUAACGUACAUAAUUUAGUCAAAUGCCGGGAGGAAGAAAUAAUCGAGUAUCACGAUUUCUGUGGGUGCAGUUCCAGAGAAGCUUGUAAUUGAUAUCGGCGAUGUCUAAACCGAUUUCCUUCUGUUUGUUGAUUACCUCAUCUAUUCACAAUCGUGUUUAUAAGAUCGUUUUGUUUGUUUAUUUUUUAUUAAAGAAACACCGUGAAAACAGGGUUUCUAAAUCGUGUAUGAUCUUUUAAUUGAAGGGAUGCCAUUUUUAUUAUACUAUCUACACGUGAUCGGUCGAUCUACAUUUUAGAUAGGUCGUAGACGGCUACAGCUUUUAAAUCCUUCGAGUUAGGUAUCAUUUAAUGAAAAGACGCAUGAGAAACUCUCUCACACCGUUUUCUGGGCACAUACGUGCGGGACAAUCUGGGCUGUAACAUUUCAUUACUCAUGCGAAUGAUUCGUUACGGGACAUAUUGAUUCAGUGGAUCACACAAUUCUUGUUAAUAGUAGAGAAAAAUUUAUUGAGCAUAAGCAACUCGACAUUGGAUGAAAUCGUAAAAUAAAGAUUACGUUACGUGAAUGAA